GGAGUAUAGAGCGGCGGCGAGCUCGGCCCACGCACUGCGCAUAAAAGAACACGGAGGUCACCGUCUUCUUGCAGUGCUCGACGAGCCACGGACCGAAACGCAACAGUCUCGCCAUACGAUGAAGAACACCGUUCUGCUACUGACGGUGCUCCUGGGGCUGGCGGCCGUCGUCUGGGCCAAGCCCGGAGGCGGCUACGGCCUCGCGGGUAGCCCCGACCGAGGCUACGACGGCCCAGGCGGCUACAGGGACGGCCGCUACUACGGCGGCGGUGGAUACGACAGCUACCCUGGCUACAGCGGUGGCUACGGCGGUGGCUACGGCGGUGGCUACGGCGGUGGCUACGGCGGUGGCUACGGCGGUGGCUACAGCGGAUACAGACCGGGAUAUGGCGGCGGCAGCGGUUACAGCGGCUACGGUGGCCGACCUGGCUACGGCGGCUACAGUGGAUACAACGGCUAUAGUGGAUACGGUGGAAACAACGGGUACAGUGGUUACAGCGGUUAUCCCGGUGGCCGACCGGGAUACGGUGGGUACUCCGGCUACCGCCCAGGAAUCAACGGAGGAUACGCUGGAAACAACGGGUACGGUGGUGGGUACGGCGGUGGGUACGGGGGCGGGUACGGGGGCGGGUACGGAGGUUACGGCCGCCCUGGUGGAUACUCGGGUGCCUACGACCCAUAUUAUAAGUAAAAGUGUUAAGUGAGCGGCAAACAGGAAGGGAGACAAACAUUAUUGUGAUAGCGUACCCCUGGUGCGCCGUACUUGUGUACACGUGUACAUGGAGAGAUUUGUCGGUUGUUCAAAUCGUACUAGUCAUCCUUAUUUAUUCAAACUGAAAAUAAACUUUGGAAAAAAAUC